AUGGCAACAACCUUAACAGGUGGGAAUCAGCACAUAAUACAGCUGCCCAAGACUCCGCCCAGCUCUGCUGUUAAUCCCCAGACCAUCAUCCAAGAAUGGUUCAACAACCUGCAAGCCCAACUUUCGCGACCGGACUCGAUCAACUUGAAUCUGACAGACCUCUUCCACUCUGAAUCAUGGUGGCGUGAUAUGCUUGCCCUUGACUGGGAUAUGCGAACCCUCCACACCGUCUCCGAGAUUCAAGACAUCCUCCGUAAGCGCCAAAGUCAGGCACAGCUAUCCAGCUUCAAGCUACAGGAUCAAGGAAAAUGGAAGCCUCAGGUUGAGCAGGUAGUUGAUGGCUUGAGCUGGGUCUCAAGUAUGUUCUUCUUUGAGACAGCCUGCGGAAAAGGAACGGGUAUGAUUCGAUUGACACAAAGUGAUGAUGGGCUCUGGAAGGCAUAUGCGGUUUAUACUUCGUUGCAGGAAUUGAAGGGCGUGGAGGAACCAUUGGGAAAGCGUCGAGUUGAAGGGACAACUGAGUCCAUGCCUGGUGGAAUAGCUGGUGGGACCUGGAUUGAGCGGAGGAAGAGACAGAAGGAGUUCCUGCAUUCAGAACCCACAGUACUGGUUGUUGGAGCUGGUCAGGCGGGAUUGAAUAUGGGAGCUCGGUUGCAGAAUCUUGGGCUCUCGUGUUUGAUUGUGGAUAAGAAUGAGCGUGUUGGUGACAACUGGCGCAAGCGAUACCGGACCUUGGUUACCCACGACCCAGCCGAAUUCACGCAUAUGGCCUACCUCCCGUUCCCUCAGAACUGGCCACAAUUUACACCAAAAGAUAAGCUCGGUGACUGGUUUGAAGCCUAUGCGAGUAUCAUGGAGCUGAAUGUUUGGGUACAAACAUCUGUGGUCUCCGCUGAAUACAAUGAUGUGUCUGCUGAAUGGAAAGUGACGGUUUCUCGGGGUGAUGGAACCCAGCGUACAUUACGUCCUCGUCAUGUUGUUUGGUGCACUGGACAUUCAGGCGAGGCGCGAAUCCCCAGUUUCCCGGGACAAGAGUCUUUCCAAGGCACUCUUUACCACGGCAGUCAGCACACUGAUGCCUCAGAGUCAGAUGUGCGUGGAAAGAAGGUUAUCGUUGUAGGUACUGGAAACAGUGGACACGACAUCGCACAAAACUACUAUGAAAAUGGCGCAGACGUCACUAUGCUGCAGCGGAGUGGCACAUAUGUGAUUACCGCAGAGAAGGGUGUAUUCAUGAUGCAUGAAGGAUUGCAUGAAGAUGGAGGUCCUCCAACUGAAGAAUGCGACAUUGUGGACGAGAGUCUACCAUUUCCCGUCAAAUUUGCUCUUGCAGUACAUGGUACAAAGCGGUUUGCCGAAGCCGAAAAAGAAACACUGGAUGGUCUUCGCCGAGCGGGUUUCCAACUUGAUUACGGUGUUGAUGGAGCUGGUAUUGCACGCGCAUACUACACCCGUGGUGGUGGCUACUAUAUCGAUGUUGGGUGUAGUCAGCUUAUCAUUGACGGCAAGAUCAAGGUAAAGCACAGUCCCCGUGGUAUCACUGGGUUUGGACCUCGGGAACUACGCCUGGAGGAUGGUAGUACCUUGCCAGCUGAUAUUGUCGUCCUCGCUACGGGCUACGAUAACAUGCAUACCACUGUACGGAAAGUGUUGGGUGACAAGAUUGCGGAUCGCUGCCAGGAUGUGUGGGAUUUAGAUAGCGAGGGUGAACUUCGGGCGAUGUGGCGACCGAGUGGUCACCCUGGAUUUUGGUACUUUGGAGGAAAUCUUGCGCUGUGCCGGGUCUACUCCAAGUUCCUAGCUCUCCAGAUUAAGGCUGUGGAAGUUGGAUUAUCUACAGGUAACCGUCAACAGCAAAGAGCGACCAAAAUAUAG